GAGGCGUGAGGGGGACCGGCGAGGCGGGCGGACCUGGGCGGGCGGCGGGCCGCCAUGGCGUCGCCCCCGCUGGCGGCGGCGGCGGUCGGUAGCGGCGUUGAGGCGAGCUCGGGAUCCGAGGAAACAGGGACGGUGCCGCUCGACCGCGACUUGGCUGCGGUCUUCGAGCAGGCGGCCGAGCGGCUGCCGGCGCUGCUGCCCACCGCCAGCAAGGAGCAGCUGCUUUACCUGUACGCCCGCUUCAAGCAGGUAAAAUUUGGAACCUGUAACACUCCCAAGCCAAGCUUCUUUGAUUUUGAGGGAAAGCAGAAAUGGGAGGCUUGGAAAGCCCUGGGAGAUACCAGCCCUCAUCAAGCUAUGCAGGAGUAUGUUGCUACAGUGAAAAAACUGGACCCCAGCUGGAAUCCACAGAUGACAGAGAAGAGGGGAAAGGAAAGCAAAACUGCAUUUGGAGGCCCAGUUGUCAGCUCAUUAUAUCAAGAAGAAACAAUCAGGGAAGAGGACAAGAACAUUUUUGAUUACUGCAGAGAAAACAACAUUGACUAUGUAACCAAAGCCAUUCAAUCAAAAAAAGUGGAUGUGAAUGCUACAGAUGAGGAGGGUCGGGCACUGCUUCACUGGGCGUGUGACAGGGGACACAAGGAGCUGGUUUCAGUACUGUUACAACAUGCUGCUGACGUUAACAGCCAGGAUGGGGAAGGCCAGACUGCACUCCAUUACGCUGCUGCCUGCGAAUUUCUGGACAUUGUGGAGCUGUUACUGAAGUCAGGUGCCAACCCCACACUGCGGGACCAGGAGGGCUGCCUGCCAGAGGAGGUAACAGACUGUAAAGCCAUCACUUCAGCUCUGCAGCAGCACACCGCUGGCAAGACCUAACCCCGCAGCCACGCAUGGCAGGGAGGACAGAGACGCUCUGCAAUAAUGCCCCUUCUCUUCCCCUGGUGCCUGCCAAAAGGCCUUGGGGGCUUGAAGGGGAGCUUUUAGAGCACAGGGUCUGGGUGGGCUGUCCAGCACCAGGGCUGGCUGGCUGAGAGUGUAUCCUGGGCAGGAUGGGAUCAGGGUUUUGCAUGCUCUGACAUUUAUCAGUAUUGGGGGGGAGGGAGCAAGGGAGGGAAAAGGGAGUCUGGAGAAGGCCUCAAGUAUUGUUUUAAUGUAUUAAAUGCAAUUACUGCAUUGGAUGUCUCACCAGAGCAGCCUGUGCUGACUGGUCAGCUCCUGUGUGGGGAGGGGAUGGCUGCUGGUCCAGGUGAGAUGUUCAUCUGUGCCCUUUGGGUUGAGUUUUGGGGGUUUGUUUUCAGUUGUUUGGGUUUUCUUUCCUGGGUCCAAGCAAAAUGUUAUAAAUAAAAAAAAAAAAAGCACAGUGUG